AUGCCCGCCAAACGCCAGCACGACGACCACGAUCCGCCCGCCCAUGCGAAGAAGCCACGCAGCAGCAAUGCUCCUAGGAGGGGCGGCUUCUCCGUCGGGCCCGCAAAUCUGCCCGACGGCACCCACAGACGCAAGGUCCAGAAAAUCAAGCAGGACCUGAUUCACAAGGCCAAGAUCAAGAAGCAGUAUGCAAAGAUCCGCGAGACCGAGCUGCACCACCAGAAGCCCCAGUAUACCGAGCACGACGAGGACGGGAAUAGAGAAGGCGAAAACGCGCCCGCUCCCGAGCCCACCCUCGAGCUUCAUGCCGAGCGCCAGGCUAUGCUAAACGCGCCGUCUCCCGAGCCCGAGCCCGAGCAAAAAGAACGCCGCCCGCGCAGGAAGCAGCAGAAGCCCCAGACGUUCAACAAAGAGGCUGCCCUGGGCCAGAAACGCAAGGAAGAGGCCGAGGCUCGCAGGGCAGCCCGUGAGGAAGCUGACCGCCAGCGUCAGGAGAAGCUGGCUCAGCGCGAGCGCAUGAGGAAGCAAAUGGCCAAGGCCCGCACUCCCGGCAAGGACGGGAAGAGGAGGUUGGGAAGAGAAGCCCCCGUGCUGCUCGAACGCGUCAAGAGAAUUGUGGGAGACGCUUGA